UCCGCGGGUCCCCGUCCGGUUGCUUUGUGUAAACUACCACCGUGCUGCUCUCUCUCGCCCCACCGCCCGGUCAUCUACCGACCAGACCUGACACCCCGUACGUACUACGUCGAGGGGCCAGGUAGCCCGCGCGCGACCAUGGAAGCGAACAAAGAGGUGUCGUCGUCUGCAACCAGGAAGUGUUUCCCGUAGUGACCGUCGGGCCAUGGAGCUGAGAUAACUCCGCCCCCUUUCCGUCUGCCUGUCCAAAUCCGCUCUGCGGUGGUAACCAUGGGAACGUCACGGUGCUUCCGUCUGGCGUUCCUGCUGGGGUCCGUGUUAAUGGUGCUGCUCAUCAUCAUCUAUUGGGACGACGUGGGAGCGCUCAAUCUCUACCCCCACGACCCUCACCCCCACCCCACCUCACCCAGCUCCUCCCCCAGCCGCCCCUCCUCCAGCUCAGCCCUCUCCCAUCCCCUAGGGGGGGGGCUCCUCUCUGCCACCAUGGAGGUGCAGGGGACCCCCAAAUCCCCCAGGACCACAGAACCUGACCGGCCUGGAGAGGGGAGGAGGGGGACCCCCAAACCCCCAGGGGAGGAACACCCCCUCACCCAAGGAACAGACUCCUCAGAGCUGGAGGAGAGGUGGAGAGGAAAGGAGAGAGAGGAGGAGAGGAUGAGAGAGGAGGAAGGGAAGCGAGAAGAGGAGAGAGUGAGGCAGGUGGAGGAGGAGGAGAAACGAGAGGAGGAGGGGAGGAGACAGGAGGACAGGAGGAGGCGGAUCAGCGAUAUGUGUUCCGGGAACGGAACAUUACAAUUCCCAGGAAAGUUCCGGACGUUUGACCAGAUUCCCAACCGGGAGUUAGACCACCUGAUAGUAGACGACAGACAUCAGAUCAUCUACUGCUACGUUCCCAAGGUAGCAUGUACCAACUGGAAGCGUGUAAUGGUGGUUCUCUCUGAGGGUCUGCUGGCUCCGGACGGACGACCUUACCGCGACCCCCAGGCCCUGCCCCCUGACCUCAUACACAACUCGUCCCUGCACCUCACCUUCUCCAAGUUCUGGCGUAGGUAUGGCCGUCUCUCCCGUCACCUGAUGAGGGUGAAACUGCAGAGUUACACCAAGUUCCUGUUUGUCCGCGACCCCUUCGUCCGACUCAUCUCCGCCUUCCGUAACAAGUUCCAACAGCCCAACGAAGACUUCUACCGCCAGUUCGGCUCCGUCAUGCUACGUCGUUAUGGAAACGGGAACGGGACCUCCAGGGUUCCGGAGUCAGCGGCGGAGGCGUUCAAAGCGGGGAUCCACCCGUCGUUCUCUGAGUUCGUCCGGUAUCUCCUCGACCCCCAGACGGAGCAGGAGCAGCCAUUCAACGAACACUGGCGCCAGGUGUACCGGCUGUGUCACCCCUGUCAGAUCCAGUAUGAUUUCAUCGGCACGCUGGAAAACCUGGAAGACGACUCGGAUCAGCUGCUCCGGAUCCUGGGCCUGGAAGACCAGAUAAAGUUCCCGCCUAGCAACCGGAACCGCACGGCGGCCAGCUGGGAACGGGAUUGGUUCACUGAGGUUCCAGCCGAGUUGAGGAGGAAGCUGUACAGUUUGUACCAGCCAGACUUUGAGCUGUUUGGGUAUCCUAAACCAGAGAGUCUGCUCCAUCACUGAUGGGCUGUUUGGGUGUCCUCAACCAGAGAGUCUGCUCCAUCACUGAUGGGCUGUUUGGGUAUCCUAAACCAGAGAGUCUGCUCCAUCACUGAUGGGCUGUUUGGGUAUCCUCAACCAGAGAGUCUGCUCCAUCACUUGAUGCCUUACACAUGUGACUGAGAGCCGGGGUUCGAACCCUGUGUACCUGCAAGCCUGCUGCAGUGCUGUGUUGUUAGCCCACUGAGCUAAAGCCUAGGCAUUCACUUGGGGAGCUAAUGCAACCCUCUAGCUCUCCACGAUGAGGAGAGAAGAACCAUUUAAGUGUUUUUUUUAUUCUAAAGGGAAUAGUGCUGUAAAAACUGUUUUUGAAUAAAGUUUUUGGGGGAAAUAAAUUGCUUAGUCAUU